CCACAGAGCUUAGCAUCGUGUCUUGGUUCUGUGCCUGAGUUGUUAAACCAUUCUUGUGGUCAUUUGUCCCUGCAGGCAGCAAGCAAAGUCAUAUAUAGGAGAUGGAGGAUUCAUAUGAAGUAGCCAUUGCUGUACUGGACAAACUCGUCAGGAAGAAGGGAAGCAUGGAGGCAGUGGCUGCGGCGAAAAUCAAGCAACUAACAGCCGAGUUGAUAGAAGCUGAUGAGGAGGGUACUAAAAAUGAACCAUCAUUUGAUGCCUUUGAGAGGAUAAAAGGGGGUUUCCUUCACUUCAAGAAGGAGAUAUUUAAUAAGUAUCCCCAUAAGUUGGAGCAACUUGCCGAUGGCCAGAAGCCAAAGUUUUUUGUAUUUGCAUGCUCUGAUUCCCGAGUAUGCCCCUCCAAUAUACUGGACUUCCAACCGGGAGAAGCCUUUAUGGUCCGGAAUAUCGCCAAUAUGGUGCCACCAUUCGACAAGAUUAGAUACUCUGGAGCUGGGGCGGCCAUCGAAUAUGCAGUGUUGCAUCUUCAUGUGGAGGUAAUCAUGGUAAUCGGACACAGCAGGUGUGGUGGGAUAGAGGCACUGAUGAAGCAAUCCCAUUCCCCUACUUAUUUCAUAGAAGACUGGGUCAAGAUCGGUUUGCCGGCAAAGGAGAAGGUGCUUUUAGACCAUAGCCAUUUACCUUUCGAGGAACAAUGCAUGUAUUGUGAAAAGGAGGCUGUGAACACAUCGCUCUUCAACCUACUGACUUAUCCCUUCGUCAGAGAUGCUGUGCUCAAAAAAACUCUGUAUUUGAAGGCCGGCUACUACGACUUCGUUAAUGGAUCUUUUGAGCUUUGGUCCGUCCAUGUUGGCGCUUGUCACCCCAUUCUCAUUCAUUAAUAUAUAUUUUAAAAACUUGGCACUUCAACUUCAACCAUGCA